UCACUGUGUCGUCUACCCUUAACGGGUGCAGUUCGUUCUGGUCUCGAGAGUCGUGCGCGAAUUUCAUUUCCUAAGGCCUUCCGCUGACUGGCCAUCGAUUUUGUGCAGAAAAGCUCAGAGUUUUCAUCAGCGAAAAGUUGCCCAACCGUUUAAACAAAGCGCAGCCAAGUAAAGCAACUAACAAGUUUCAAAUUAAAACAAUUCGAUACAGUGGCAAACUAAAACUUUAUCAAUUAUUUGUCCCCCAAAAAAAGGAGUGAAAAUUUUUCGCUGUUAUACAGAAAGACAGACCCCUACACAUAUAUACACAUAUACGAGAGCCUACAUAUAUAUAUAAUAUAUAUUCAAAAAUCCUUUAGCCAAGUCAAGAAGAAGAAACUACGCGAAUGUGCGCUUUUGGUUACCUAUUGUUUUUCGCCCUAUUGUUAACAACAAUUCUGGUGCUGUCCAUUAUAUUCGCCACUACCUCCAAGCGAUCCAUGUUGGAUAGCUUUGUACUAGUAUUCAAUUACACACAAGAACACCAGCCAGACCAAGAAAUGCAGCAACAACAACAACCAACGGACUAUCAGCAACAACCACAAAUGUUCCUAAAACAGAAAAUAUUUUGAGUUCCAUGGGUUAAUGAGUAUAAUGCCCC